CGAACUCGGAACAAACUUUUAGGUCUCUUCUGCAAAUUCGGGACUCUUGAUUUGUUUACAAGGGUUUUUGUUCACGCGCAUAUAUAGUAGCCCCCUUAAUUAUCAAGCUCCCUGCUACUUUCGACACUGCUUCAUCUUUUCCCGCACGAAAAAAUGUUGUUCUUCUCGUACUUCAAAGAUUUGGUGGGAAGAGAAGUGACGGUGGAAUUAAAGAACGAUUUGGCAAUUCGAGGAACUCUUCAUUCGGUGGACCAGUAUCUCAACAUUAAGCUGGAGAAUACUAGGGUUGUUGAUCAAGACAAGUACCCACACAUGCUUUCUGUGAGGAACUGCUUCAUCAGAGGAUCUGUGGUGAGGUAUGUCCAAUUGCCGCCUGAGGGAGUUGAUGUUGAACUGCUUCAUGAUGCCACCAGAAGAGAAGCAAGGGGCGGCUAGUUAGCCCUUUUCGUCUCACAUCGAAGAAGUAAUGGUUUCUUCAUUGGACAAUUUGGAGAACUUUUUUUUUUUUUUUUUGUAUUACUAAGAGAAUAGUUCUUGAAAAUAUCUGCAUCUGCUGUGUGGUAAUCAUUUGUUUAACGGGGGUAAGUAAAACCAUUUCGAACGAGGCGCAAUUUGAUCGGUGUUUUGACUUCUGUGUAGUUUAGGCAAGACUUUGAUGACUGAUCUUGCAAGUUCUUGUACUAUAAGUGACAUUGUGGCAAUGUGAUUGUUUAAUUUCAGUCCUUUAUUUUCGGACAAAUUUAA